AUGAAGCUCGAGGCGAUUGAGGGACUCACGGUGAGCAUACGCAGCAACCACAACAACCUGGACGAGUACGAGGACGAUUCCGAUGAGUUGUACGUGCCGUCCAUCGGUCGCAAAUAUGUACAAGCAGGCUCCGGCGAUGCCUUCAAAGUGCACUGCAAAUUCAAGAAGAAGCACCUGAUCUCGCCCGACAAGCGUGAUGAGAUCAACUGCUGUGUGUAUCUCGAUGGACAGUAUGCGGCCGGCUCAAUCAUCAGGCACAACACGCACGCCCAUGACUACACCCAUGAUACCGAGGGUGUGCAUGAGCAGAGUGCUGGGGACACCUUCUUCAGGCCGUUCACUUUCUCAGCUCUCGCCACGGAUGAUCGCCCUGCGAAUGACAGCAACUUUAAGGCGAUGAAGAAGCUAGGCGAGAUCAAGGUCACCUGUACCUGGAUGCGCACUACUUCCGCCCCUCGACCAGUACCCGUACACCAUGGCUACAAGUCUGUCGUCGACGGAAGUGUUCCAGAGAAGUGCCUGAAGGGUAGAGCCAUCUCGCAAUCAGCAGGCUUGGGAGCUGCACGUCCAGCUGCGGCUCGAACUGAGGUUUCUGUCGAACACCCUUACGGCAAGAACCCGUUCGCUACCUUCAUCUUCAAGUAUCGGUCGAGACACGACCUACAGAUUGAAGGCAUCAUUCCUCGCAGCCCAUCACCAGUGCCACUCGAGGAGCGCGAUCCGGAUAGUCUGUCCGCCGAAGAGGCACGUGAACUCGUCCGUCGUAUGCGAGAGCGCGAACAUGACAUGGCUAAGGUCAAGCGCGAGAAGCGUCGUUAUUCGCCGACAGUGAUUCGCGAUGGGGAGGAUGGCGAAGAUGACGACGACGUGACCAUCGAGGCAGAAGGCCAUCGACGCAAGCGCAAUCGCGUGUCUACCGACUCUGGCGUUGACAUUGUUGACCUGACUGAUCUGUGA